UGAGAUCUGCUUGCAAAUGCAAAGCAUUUGACUGUGAAUCUUUAUGGCUCUUUGAUUUUGCUUCGUACACACAUUGACAGUUGCUGAUAAGACUUUCGCACAAUAAGAAAAAAUUAAAACAUGAGCUCUAGCACGGCAGCAGUCGAUUUUGAGAAGGAAUAUUCGCCUAGUUUAAAUAUAAAACGUUUCCAAAAUUAUGAAAAACCUUAUGAAAAAGUUGUGCAACAUUUCAUAAGCCAAGGGAAAGCAGCUACCACAUUGGCUUUUCGUAACCAUAAAGUCCGCGAGAAUGUGCGCUAUGGAGGUUUAAAUGAUAAUCAAUUAGUGGACAUCAUCUAUAACGAUUCCGAAUUCGGUUCUCCCAUUUUUGCUUAUAUUCACGGUGGUUACUGGACAUCUUUGGACAAAUCGAGUUCAGGCACUUUUGUUGGUCCUUUACUAGAACAAGGCUACCGUGUCUUAUUGGUAGAUUACAAUCUUUGUCCUACGGUUACUUUGGAAGAAUUAUGCCAACAAAUUAGAAACUUUUUUAAGUGGCUUCAACAUUACGCCAAAGAAACUCAACCAAAUAGCAUUAACAUUUGCGGCCAUUCAGCUGGAGCUCAUUUACUUUGUCAAAUUUUUAAUGAAGAUUUCUUGGGACAACAACAACCGGAACUUUAUGCAAUCAAUCAUCUAUUCUUAAUUAGUGGCGUUUAUGAUUUACGAGAACUAUGGGAAUUGACUUGUUGUAAUGAGAAUAAUAAAUUAGGCUUGGAUGCAGUUAGAGCGGAACACUUGUCGCCCUUAUGUUGGUCUUACAAUAAGAAGUUAUUGCUAUUUCAUAAUAGGCAAGACUUACAAGUGCACGUAAUGGUCGCUGAAAACGACAGUACAACUUUCAUAAAACAAUCGCACUCAUAUGCGGAGAAGCUGAAAUCAAUAGCACUGAAAGUGGAUUAUCAAUUAUUCAAAGAUUACGAUCAUUUUAAUAUAAUUGAAGACACCGCCAUACCCAACUCGAUUGUAAGUUUGUAUAUAAAAGAAAAAUUGAAUUUAAAAUAAAGAAAACAAGUAAGAAAACUAUAUCGGGCGGAUGCCGAA